GCUCACGGACUGGAGGAUGGGUGGACCUGGGUGCCGCGGGUCGGGCGCGACCUUCCAGUGCCAGCGCUGUGCGGUGGCUGGAGUCCAGGGCUGCUGCAGAGCAGGAUCCAAGUCAGGACGGUCGUUGCGGAUUUGUUUGUUUCCCCUAGACAUAAUGUCAAGUGGAGAUGAUCAGCAAUCACAGGCUCUUGCCAAACCCACUUUCAGUGAGGUACAAGCCUCGGCAUUAGUGGAAUCAGUAUUUGGGUUAAAAGUUUUCAAGAUCCAGCCACUUCCUAGCUAUGAUGACCAAAACUUUCAUGUAUGCAUUUCAAGAACCAAAGACACUACAGAUGGCCCAACUGAAUAUGUCCUCAAAAUAAGCAAUACUAAGUCUAGCAAAACUCCAGACCUGAUUGAAGUGCAGAGUCACAUCAUCAUGUUUCUGAGAGCAGCUGGAUUUCCGACAGCCUCUGUGUGUCGUACUAAAGGAGACAACAUAACCUCUCUCAUGUCUGUAGAUAGUGGCUCUGAAAUCAAAAACUACUUGGUGAGGCUGCUGACUUACCUCCCAGGAAGACCCAUAGCUGAGAUUCCCAUCAGCCCCCAGCUAUUGUAUGAAAUUGGAAGGCUAGCUGCCAAAUUGGAUAAGACACUAGAGAAAUUCCAUCACCCAAAGUUAAGCAGUCUUCAUCGGGAGAACUUCAUCUGGAAUCUGAAAAAUGUUCCUCUUCUGGAGAAAUAUUUGUAUGCCUUGGGCCAGAAUCGAAAUCGAGAAAUUGUCAAACAGAUCAUUCAGCUGUUCAAGGAUGAAGUAAUGAGCAAAUUAAGUCAUUUUCGAGAAUGUAUCAAUCAUGGAGAUCUUAACGACCAUAACAUUUUAAUAGAGUCCAGCAAGUCAGCCUUUGGAGAUGCUGUAUAUCAAGUGUCUGGGAUUUUAGACUUUGAUGACAUGAGCUAUGGCUACUAUGCGUUUGAAUUGGCAAUCACCAUCAUGUAUAUGAUGAUUGAAAGUAAGAAUCCUAUACAAGUAGGAGGUCAUGUCCUUGCAGGGUUUGAAAGUAUAAUCCCACUGACAACUGUAGAGAGAAGUGCUUUGUUUCUACUUGUAUGCAGUCGUUUUUGUCAGUCACUUGUCAUGGCUGCAUACUCUUGCCAGCUACACCCAGAGAAUGAAGAAUAUCUCAUGAUCACUGCAAAAACCGGGUGGAAACACUUACAGCAAAUGUUUGACAUGGGCCAGAAAACUGUAGAAGAAAUCUGGUUUGAAACUGCCAAGUCCUACAAAUCUGGGAUCCCAUGUGACUAGCUAAAAGUCUUAUCUGUAAAACUGGGGUAAUGAUAAUACCUAUCUCACAGAGUUAGUUGUGAGGAUUUCACAGAGAAUAAUGCAAAGUUCUUAGCAUAGUGCUUGGCACAUAGGAGACGUUUAAUAAAUAUUUACUAAAUGAAUGAACCAUAUUCCAGGUUACCCAGACUCAAAAUGUUGGAGUAAUUUUUCAUUUGCCUCUCUCAUACUCAAUCAGUGAUCUGAUUCUUAGGAAUCAGAAUUUUAUAACAAUAAAAGGUGGUCAUAAUCCUUUUC